CCACCACCACCUUUAGCAGCCAGCACCAACAACAAACAACAGCGAAGCCAAUCCAAUUCUCAUUCUCGCGUCCAGCCGCGAACCCGAAAGCAAACCUCCCCAAAUCCUUCGUCUGUUCCUCUUCUUCUUCUUCCUCUCCUUCUUCGUGUUCUGAUAUUCUCCCGUCCCGUAAAGCGGAUUCGAUAUGGCUGUGGCGUCGGGCCCCGCCGUGACGUUCUCCGUCUCCGCCCGCCCGUCGACGACGACGACGGCGAGGGGGAUGAUGCUCCGGCCCUGCGCGUCCGCGUCCGCGUCCGCGUCCGCCGCGGGGGUCAGCGGCGGGGCGAGGUUCCGGGCCGAGGCGACCGGGAACGGCAGGUGGUGGGCGCCGCUGCUGGGGUGGUCGGGCCAGCCGGACUACAUCGACGGCGCGCCGCCCGCGCCGCCGCGCGAGGAGGAGGACGAGCGGGCUGCGAAGGGCCAGGGCCAGAGGCGGUUCGGCGUGCUGACGGAGGAGAAGGCGCGGCAGCUGCGGGCGCGGAUGAUGGAGACGGAGAGCUUCCACGACGCCAUGUACCACUCCGCCAUCGCCUCCCGCCUCGCCUCCGCCGCGCCCGACACCGCCAACAACCACAGCAGCAGCAACAAGCCCUAGCCUUAGCCACGCCGGGCACCGCCAGAUAACUAACCGAUCGCCGGCCGACGCCCAGGCCAUGAGCGGCUGUGUACAUAAAACAUAAUUAAGCUGCUUUCUUCUUUUCUUUUAUGUGUGUUUGUUUGUUCUGUUGUUGUCGCUGUUUGGGGGAGGAAUCAAUCGAGAUUCCAGAGAACUAUGCUCUCUGACUCACUCUCCCUGGUAAAUUAACUAGCGAAGGGGAUUCCGACUCCCCUUGCGAUCAAAUCAAACCUUCUGGAUUUUUUCCACGGAGA